AUGUCUGCAGCGGCCGACGAAGAGUCUGACUGGGACUGCCUGAACCCUCGAUUAGCAGUAGUAUUAGGGGCACGAAGUCUUGCACCUGGAAUGCAGAAGAAGCAGCGUGUGGAGGUCAAAAGGGAAGAGUUCAAGAUUCUGGAGCAUAACUUUAAGGUGGAGGAUGCAGACGACGAUCGAGAUGCCUUGGGCAAGGCCCUGGACGGCGAGAGCUGGCCUGUUAAUGGGAAAGAAGACGACGAGGAAGAUCCAAACGAUAAAAAGGAAGACGACUUGGACGAGAGAGCAGCAGAGUUGGGGUGUGUAUUGCAGUGCGUCCCUGCCAACGAUUCUGGACGGAGGGAAAGGUAUCACGCCGGGAGGAGAGCGUUCUAA